GGCAUCUUCUUUACAACAUAUUUCGGACAAAAUGAUGAAAAUGGACAUUGACAAACUUGGUGUUCAAUCACUUGGGCUUUCGUUAAUCCCUGCAGUGCCAGAUAAGUUCUUAAUAAAGUAUGAUCCUCCUAAAAUCUGAGUGGUCUAUCACUUCAAAGACCACUCCGAGAAAGACCAAUAUUGGCGCGAUAUUCCACUUGAAUUCAACACUGACUCCACAGCAAGCUCGGUCACCGACUUCUUGUUCAAAGAACACAGUUACUACUUCGACUCCAGUCUGGUCGGCCAAGAACAAGUCAGCAAGUUGGUUCGGAUGAUUAUCAAGAACAAAGGUAACGGAGCCCACAACGAGGAUUCCAAAGCCGCACUGGCUGAUAACUGAGAAACGACUCAUAAUAAACAUAAGCCAAACAGACUCUUUGAUGAUAUCCAGAAAGCAAGGGAUCUCGGAGCAGGUGUUGGAGAGUCUCUGCCUAAGAAGAACGCUCUUGAGCCUCUGAAUCACCCGCCUAAGGGCAAGCUAGAGCCUCUUCAGAACAAGCCUCAGCCUGCAGAUGAUGGCUUCGACUUGCUGGACAUAGAUGAUUUGAGUGGACCUGCAAAGAACAACACGAACAACGAGAACAAGCCAGGGCCGAGCAAGAAUGACAACAUUGAAGACGACUACGCAUUCGACUUCGAAUUCGAGACUCCUGCAGACAACGGAGGCACCAAGGCAGAGACUCAGAAAGAAGAGAAGCCAGCUGCAAAAGAGCAGAAGGCUUCGAUAAAUAUGGAAAUGUUCGAGAAAGAGAAAGAAAAAUAAUGAAGCUCAAAACCAAAGCAAAGAUGAUAAAGAUGAAGAUGACUGGCUCAUUAUAGAAGGAAAGAAAUACCGAGAAAUCAAUAUUGAAGGGGACGAUAACGAGUACAUCAUGGAUGAAGAAGGCAAUAUUUAUGAUCUUAAAGGUGUCUACAUUGGGACUGCCAAAGACGGAGGCGAAGAAUCUGAAGAAGAGGAGGAUAAAUAA